AGCCUCGUGCGCUUGCGCAGUUAAGCCCGCGCAGGGCGCCCCAGCUGUCUGCACCCUAAACUCAGACCCUCCAGCAUCUUCUUGGUCAGGCGAAGCCCACGACGUUGACAUGCCGGAGAUCCGCCUCCGCUAUGUGGUAUCCUGCAGUAGCCAGGACUCGACCUACUGUGCAGAAAACCUUCUCAAGGCAGACACUUACCGAAAGUGGCGCGCGGCCAAGGCGGGCGAGAAGACCAUCUCUGUGGUGCUCCAGUUAGAGAAGGAAGAGCAGAUACACAGCGUGGACAUCGGGAACGACGGCUCGGCCUUCGUGGAGGUGCUGGUGGGCAGCUCAGCCGGAGGGGCCGGAGAGCAGGACUACGAGGUCCUUCUGGUCACUUCGUCUUUCAUGUCCCCUUCCGAGAGUCGCAGUGGCUCAAAUUCCAACCGCGUUCGCAUCUUUGGGCCCGACAAGUUGGUCCGGGCAGCAGCAGAGAAGCGCUGGGACCGCGUCAAAAUUGUCUGCAGCCAGCCCUACAGCAAGGAUGCCCCCUAUGGCCUGAGUUUUGUAAGGUUUCACAGCCCCCCAGACAAAGAGGAGGCCGAGGCCUCAUCCCAGAAAGUGACCAAGCUCGGCCAGUUCCGCGUGAAAGAGGAGGAUGAGAGCGCCAGCUCCCUGAGACCCGGGGCUCUCUUCUUCAGCCGGAUCAACAAGACCCCGCCAGUCGCAGCCAGUGACCCAGCAGGACCCAGCUAUGCAGCUGCUACGCUGCAGGCCUCCAGUGCCGCCUCCUCUGCCUCUCCGGCCUCCAAGACAGUAGGCAGCACCUCCAAGGAGUCCCCCAGAGGCAAGAGGAAGCUGGAUUUGAGCCACGAAGAAAAGAAAACCCCCAGCAAACCGUCUGCCCAGCCCUCACCACCCGUCCUCAAGAGAACCAAAUUGUCAGCUCCCACCCCUACCCCAGCCACUGCCCCUGUCCCUGCCGCAGCACGGGGGGCGGCGCCAGGGAAACCCCGAGGAGAAGGUGCUGAGCCCAAGGCCCCCCGCGCCGGCCCGCAAGAGCUGGGGAAGAUCCUCCAGGGUGUGGUGGUGGUGCUGAGCGGCUUCCAGAACCCCUUCCGCUCGGAGCUCCGGGACAAGGCCCUGGAGCUGGGGGCCAAGUAUCGGCCAGACUGGACUCCAGACAGCACCCACCUCAUCUGCGCCUUUGCCAACACCCCCAAGUACAGCCAGGUCCUAGGCCUCGGAGGCCGAAUCGUGCAGAAAGAGUGGGUGCUGGACUGUCACCGCAUGCGGCGGCGGCUGCCCUCUCGGAGGUACCUCAUGGCUGGGCCAGACUCGAGCAGCGAAGACGAGGGGGGCUCUCAUGGCGGCAGCAGUGGGGAUGAAGCCCCCAAGCCUCCCCGAAAGCGCCUCCAGACCAAAGCCAAGCCCUCUCAGGCAGCAGGACCUAGCUCACCGCAGAGACCCCCAACCCCAGAAGAGACCAAACCACCCUCACCAGGGCCCCAGGAAGAUACUGACACCAAGGGGGAGCAGUCAGAAGGACAGGACAAUGGGGCAGAAGAUUCUGGGGACACCGAGGAUGAGCUGAGAAGGGUGGCUGAGCAGAAGGAACAAAGGCCGCCCUCUGGCGAGGAGAAUGGCAAGGACCCGUACGCAGGAUCCACGGAUGAGAACACGGACAACGAAGGUCCCCCGGAGUCUCCCAGUCUGCCGAUUCCCGAGCUCCCAGACUUUUUCCAGGGCAAACACUUCUUCCUGUACGGGGAGUUCCCGGGGGAUGAGCGGCGGACGCUCAGCCGUUACGUCACAGCCUUCAACGGGGAGCUUGAGGACUAUAUGAGCGACCGGGUCCAGUUUGUGAUCACGGCACAGGAGUGGGACCCCAGCUUUGAGGAGGCCCUGAUGGACAACCCCUCCCUGGUGUUCGUCCGGCCCCGGUGGAUCUACAGUUGCAACGAGAAGCAGAAGUUGCUUCCCCACCAGCUCUACGGGGUGGUGCCCCAGGCAUGAAAUGUUUGAGCCCAAGAGCUGCACCUACACUUACCUCCUGGGUGACAGAGAGUCCAGAGAGGCCAUUCUGAUCGACCCGGUUCUGGAGACAGCGCAUCGGGAUGCCCAGUUGGUCAAGGAACUGGGGCUACAGCUGCUGUAUGCUG